AUGAAGUACAGAUUCUGCUACCCACUCCUGAUCCCCAUCCGGCUCUUAAUAUGCCUCAUAGCCCUCUCCAACAUAAUCUGCAUCUUCAUCGGGAAACGCCUCUCCAAAGACACUCCACCUCCUUCCGCACCUCCCGAAUACUCCCCGCCUCCAAACACAACCUCCUACCCCGAAGACGUCAACUACGACAACACAGCCGCCACCGAAAAGUUCUUCCCAGACUCUGAACAACUCGGUUUCAACAUCUGUCUCCUCGCCGCAACCCUCUACAUGCUCUACAAACCUGGUACACGGUUCUGGUGGUUGACUUCGAAUUUUAGGUUGACGAUCUUGUCCUGGGGGUUUGCGAUUGCUGGAGUGUAUUAUUCGUUGACGCAGUAUAUCCGGAUCGUGCCUGUUAAUGGUGGUUGUGAGGCUGAGUUCUUUCGGUAUACGAGGAUGAGGUGUUGGAUGCAAUUGGGGAUUUCUGCGAGUCAGACUGGGUGGGCGGUUUUGUUGGUUUGGGAGAGUUUUGUGAUGGUCAAGCAGAAGAAUGAUCGAAAGUGGAAUGAGCAGAGGGCGGAUGAGGAGGUGCAGGAGGCUGUUAUGUAUCAGCCGGAUCUGACCGCUCUUCCUGUGGGAGGAGCAGCAGCAGGAAUAGGAAGUGAUAGUCUGGAGUAUGAUGACAGGUCGGUGGAUGAACUGGAGUUGGCUACUAGGACUGGAGCAGGAACAGGAGUAGGAACAGGAACAGGAGCAGGAUCUGACACGAUCGAUCACGGCUAUCUAGGAGGAGUAGGAAGACGAGCAGAGGCAGAAGAGGCUCUCCCAGAAUACGCUAGCAGGAGACCCAGGGGGCAACCUCUGAUCGUCGACGUCACCCACCCGCCACGACGGCUUGCUGGCGCCGUCGCUCGAAGGAUGCAAUCCGAGUCUGCUACCCACACCGUGACGACCACCGCUAGUGGUGCUCCUCUACCUUCAGUGAAUGCUUCGGAACCAGGAUCUCAGGAACCAGGCGCCACAGCUACUUCUGCCACUACUGUUGACACUGCGACUCUCCCUCCUCCUCCGAUUUACACCCCAUAG